UUGGCCACAGGAAGGUCCCCUCUGUGACGUACGCUCCGUGAACAGCAGCGGAACAUGGCGGACACGGAGAAGCCGUCAGAUGGGCUUCAGCUCAGUCAGGAAUGGCUGGAGGCGGCAGACUACAGGGCGGAGCUGCUCCAGCACCUGAAGGACCAGGUGCCCCAGAUCUUCUGCCUGAAGAAGGACCUCAGCCCUCAGGAAGAAGAGGAGCUCAUGCAGAGGCGACUCCUCCACCCUCUGGAGUGCUUUCUGUUCGGAGAGGAUCCUCAAGAUGGUCUGGAGAAGCUCAAGCAAGGCAGCACCUCCUCUCAGCUCUGUGGCCGUGUGUUUAAGGAGGGAGAGACUGUUUACUCCUGCAGGGACUGCGCAAUCGAUCCCACCUGCGUGCUUUGCAUGGACUGCUUCCAAGACAGCGUGCACAAAAGCCAUCGUUACAAGAUGCACGCGUCAUCAGGUGGGGGGUUCUGUGACUGUGGCGAUGUGGAAGCCUGGAAGAUUGGCCCGUGUUGCUCCAAACACGACCCGGGGUCUGCCGCUGCUAUGGUAACGGACGAAUCCGUUUUGGAGCCAGAGUUGUACGAGCGUGCUGAGAAAUUGUUUCGGGUCCUUCUGCGCUACGUCACCGACUUCCUGGUGUGGGAGGAAAACUUUGAGCUCUCAGCUGAACUCCAGCCCCGGAUUAAAGACAACGCAUACUACUGUGUGCUUUACAACGAUGAGCAUCACUCCUACGACCAGGUGAUCUACACCCUGCAGCGAUCGGUUAACUGUGAUCAGAUUGAAGCUCAAACACACACAACUCUCAUCGACAAAGAGGGCCGGCGGGCUGUGAAGAGAGGAACACUCCGCUCCUGCCAGCAAGCAAAAGACCUUAUUAGGGUAAACUUUGUCUUCUCAUUCCUGAUAUUAGUUGAUAUUUCUGAUAAUUUACAAAGUGAGAAGAGUUGCAACCCUUUCUGUGCUGCAUUGCAGUCCAGCUCCGAGCACAUCUCCCUGCAGCCUCUACGUGUGGAGAUCCUUCAUGCAACAGUGAUGGCUCAUCAGACUUUUGCCCUCCGCCUCGGCAACUGGUUCCAGAAGGUCAUUGGUUACUCAGUGGGCUUCAGACUGGCAUUCUGCCAGGUGGCAUUAGAGCCAAACGCAGACACAGAUCGCCCUUGUCUUAUCAGCAGACUUAUGCUGCACGAUGCACAGAUGUACAAAGGAGCUCGUAAGAUAGUACAUGAGCUGAUUUUCUGUAGCAUGCUGAUGGAUUCUGAAUUCAAGAGGCUUUUUGCAGUCGAGUUUACAAAGUACUACAAACAGCUGCAGAAGGACUUCAUCAGUGACGAUCAUGAAAGGAGUAUAUCCAUCACUGCUCUGUCUGUUCAGAUCUUCACCGUUCCCACAUUAGCCAGACAGCUCAUUGAAGAAUGCAAUGUCAUUAAAGUGAUCGUUGACACAGUCCUGGAGCUGCUGCGGGAACAUUUGGAUGACAACAACCGCUUUUUCUUCCUGGGCUACAAUUCAGACAAGUUUACUCGGAUCCAGGUCAUCUUCCAUGACCUCAGGUACAUUCUGAUUAGUAAGCCGUCUGUGUGGACAGAGGAAAUGCGAGGACAGUUCCUGGCAGGAUUCAGGAUCUUUCUGGGCUUUCUUAAAUGCAUGCAGGGUAUGGAGGAAGUGAAGCGGCAGCUCGGGCAACAUAUCGCGGUGGAGCCAGAAUGGGAGGCUGGUUUCACACUCCAGAUCCAGCUCCGUCACAUUCUUGCCAUGUUUCAGGACUGGUGCUCUUCUGAUGAGGAGAUCAUGCUGCAGGCGUUUAAGGAUUGCCACGCUGCCCUGAUCGAAUGCAACAACCAGCCCUUCCAUAAGGAGCCCAAGGACUUCUACAUGUGCAAGCACAUCCUGCGGGCUCGUCCAUACAAAGUGUCUCAGGAGCCGGUCAGCAUACACCUGCCCAUUUCCAGGCUGCUAGCAGGUCUGUAUGUAGUUAUGUGGAAAACCGGCGCAAUUGAACGUUUGGAUAAUCCGGAACGCUAUGAUUUUGUUGAGCUCGCAGAGCUUCCUCUGCGCUGCGUGGUCCUCGCCGCUCAGGUCACAGCUGAAAUGUGGCGGAGAAACGGCUUGUCGUUGGUUAGCCAAGUCUACUACUAUCAAGAUGUAAAAUGCAGAGACGAGAUGUACGAUAAAGAUAUCAUCAUGCUUCAGAUUUCUGCUUCCAAAAUGGAUCCCAACCACUUCCUUAUGCUGAUAUUGCUCAGAUUUGAGCUUUUUGAAUACUUUAAUGGAUGUCGUGUGAGCAAAGACCAGGAUGAGUUGACGCAGUGGAACCGUUUGACCGAGGAGAUGCUCUUCCUGCUGAUCGCCAUCUUUGGCGAGCGUUAUGUUCCUGGGAUCAGUCAGGUCACCAGAGAGGAAGUGACGAUGAGGGAGGUUAUCCACCUGCUGUGCAUUGAACCCAUGGCUCACAGCACUUUGGUGAAAAGCCUACCAGAGAAUGAAAAUCAUGAAACAGGCCUGGAGGGAGUGAUUGCAAAAGUUGCUACUUUCAGGAAGCCAGGCGUGUCAGGGCAUGGAUUAUAUGAAUUAAAAAAGGAACGGUUGAUAGACUUUAACCCUUUCUUUUACCACUACUCGAGAUCUCAGCGCAGCAAGGCAGAAGAGUCUCAAAAGAAGAGAAGAUCUCAAGAAGGCAAUGAUAAAGCUUUGCGUCCUCCGGUGCCACCAGCCUUUUCUCCAAGUUUCUCAAGGAUUGUGAACCUUCUCUGCUGUGAUGUUAUCAUCCACAUCCUGAGACACAUUCUGCAGAGACCCGUGGAUGACCGGUCAACGCACUGGACCGAAGCCAUGAUCCAGAGGGCCCUGCAUUUGAUUGGUCAAGCAUUGGUGGAAGAGAAGAUCCAACUGGAGAACAGCAGUGUGGAGGAAGUGACCUUUGACUUUAGCCUAAAAGCUCGUGCAGUUGGCUCAGAAAAUGGCAAGUCACUCUUCCUCUUGCUGUCCAAGAUUAAGUCUCUGCCUUCCCUUGAAGCUCAGAAAGACUUGAUCAAAUGGCUUCUGCAGAUGUUUGAGAUUGUGAAGUGCCUCAGAGAAAAGUCCAGUCCUUCAGUUUCUGUGUGCAUGGACACAACCAGGCCAGAAGAGAGCAUCCAGGACAAAGAAAAAGCUGAGCGGAAACGAAAGGCAGAGGCAGCUAAGCUCCACCGACAAAAGAUCAUGGCCCAGAUGUCGGCAAUGCAGAAAAACUUCAUUGAAUCAAAUAAGAUGCUGUAUGACAACAUGCCUGACACUGGAACACAGGGUGAGCCUGUGAGGCCUUCUGAAAGCUCUGCCAUGGAGCAGAAAGAGCUCUGCAUAGCCUUCGGACCUCUCAGAGGACCCUCCCCGGCUGAGAGGGAGGUGCUCACCUGCAUACUUUGUCAGGAGGAGCAGGAGGUGCUGCCUCUGGCCCCAGCCAUGGUGCUGACAGCCUGUGUCCAGCGUUCCACCGUAUUGACCCAGUGCAGAGGAAGAAUUCCAGCUAACGCAGCUGAUGGAACGGGGACUUAUCCCCUCUUCAUGCCCCCUGACCUCGCGGUGGGGACCCACACUGGCAGCUGUGGACACGUCAUGCAUGCUACAUGUUGGCAGAAAUAUUUUGAAGCAGUUCAGAACACUACCAGAAACAGACUCCACGCUGAGCUCAUCGUCGACCUGGAGAACGGAGAGUACCUGUGUCCUUUGUGCAAGUCUCUAUGCAACACAGUGGUCCCUCUCAUCCCCUUAGAGCCACUUACAUUCAACUAUGAAAAUGCAGAAAUAAUAGGACAGCAUUUGACAUUGCCCCGGUGGAUUCAGGUCCUCGCCGCCAGGAUUAAAGGACUGAAGUCUGUCAUGCAGGACAAUGAAUUUAAUCCAGAUGGUGGAAGCAGCAGUAGCGGCACAACUGGGCUGUUUGGUGACGGACAACCAGACUUUAGGUCCAUUCUAGCCUAUGGAGUACAAGAACCGAGAAAGUUUUCUGACGGAAUCGCAGAAAUGCUGGUGGUGUGUGCCACUACAGUCCACAGAGUGGGACUAAAGACUGCCCCCAAUGAGCUCUGCCCCCGGGUGCCCCUCAUGGCCUGGAACACAUGUGCCUUCACUAUCCAGGCAAUAGAAAACAUACUGCAGGAAGAGGACAAGCCACUGUUCGGAUCUCUACAAAACAGACAAAUCGCAGGACUCAAGGCCAUUGUCCAGUUUGCAGCAUCACAGAGACUUAAAAGCUCCCAGGGAGUUAUCCAGAGGCACUUUGCAGACAUGAUAGGAGUGCUACUACCAGUCCUGAGCAGGAAGAACACACCCUCCAUUCUAGAUGUGGACUUUUUCCAUCUUUUGGUGGGCUUGGUGUUGUCCAUGCCUUCAUUAUACCAGGAGGAGGGAAUAGACCUGCAGCCGUCAGCUGUAAGCUCCGCCUUCAACAACAUGUACAUCUUUCACCUGGUCACCAUGGCUCACAUUCUUCAGGUCCUCCUCACCUCCUCAGAUUUUCCAGCUGCAGGAGAUGGAGAGGAGUCUGAAGAGGCGAGAUCCGCAGCAGACUUGUACACAGCAGUGUCACAGCACACUGGAAGGCUGGUUCCAGAUCUGUCCGGUGGCUCUGUGGCACAACGGAUAAAGGCAGGAAUUGAACCUUUUCUGCGAUGUGCGGCACUAUUUUUCAACUGUCUUACAGGGGUACAUACUCCAGAGGAGCUUUUAAAUGCAUCUGUUACCUCUCCAGGACAGGUGGAGGCGAUGUGUGGCUACUUGGCAUUACCCCUUAAUAUAUUUCAGCUCUUCCAGGACUACAGAGAUGUGGUUUCUCCUCUGCUUCAAAGGUGGUGUGGAAGCCCUUCUAUCACCAAAGCUUUGCAAGGGAAAACCCAGACCGUCAGAUAUCCGAGGAUAAGGAACCGGUUGAUUGAGCUUCCAGAGGAUUACAGCUCCCUCCUGAAUAAAGCCAGCCAUUUUCAGUGUCCAAAAUCUACAAUUGAUGAGAGGAAGCAUCCAACUCUGUGUCUGGUUUGUGGGGCCAUGCUGUGUUCGCAGAGCUCCUGCUGCCUCAGUCAGCUGGAUGGGGAGGAUGUGGGAGCAUGCACGGCCCACGCAGCUAUGUGCGGCGCCGGAGUGGGCAUGUUCCUCAGAAUUAGAGAGUGUGAAAUAGUCCUGAUGGCCAGUAGGACUAGAGGCAGCACGUACCCUGCUCCUUACCUCGAUGAUUACGGGGAGACUGACCCUCAUCUUGGAAGGGGCAAUCCUCUGCACCUUUGCACGGAGCGUUACAGGAAGCUAAACCAGCUGUGGCAGCAGCAUUGCAUCCUGGAAGAAAUCGCCCGCAGCCUGGAGGUGGUCAACGUCAUGUUUGCCUUCGAGUGGCAGCUGGUGUAAGGAGCUCCCCGAGUAGCAGUGGCUUGUUGGAAACGAUCCACAUAGCCAUAGAGCAUGGAUCAGUGCUCUGCGUUUCCAAGGCACAUUCAUAUCCAUAUACAUGCACGUAUUUAAAGCCCCCCCCCCCCCGGAGCGCUGAAACAGUCUCAGAUUGAAAGCAGUGGAUGUCCAUGUAACCGAAGUCGCCUUGUUUUAGUUCAGUUGUGUUCGGUGGGGAUGAGUUUCCCUGGAGUGUUUCAGUUUUGGUUUCUUUUUUUGUUCUUUUGCAAAGAAGCUCAUUCAGAUAAUUUAAAAAUCCAAACUCUUAAAGUUGUUUUUAGUUGAUAGAUUUGAUUUUUCUCAGUAAUCUGUUGUUUUGAUCCACAUUUUUAUUUUGUUUGAGAGCAUUUUAAUUUGAAACGGUCUAAGUCUGGUUGGAAAUGCUAUUUAAAUUAAUUUGCCUCCUGAGUGUAAAAAAAAAGCUGUCUGAUCUGAUUUCAUUGUUAUUCUUGUAUAGAAAACGCAUUAAAUCAAACGGACAGUGUGUAGAUCUUUGCCUUGAGGCAGAUGCAACAUAUUAACGGGUUCCUAUUCUUUCCAAUCAAUGUUUUUGCAAAAUCUCCCAUUUAUAUUAGUUAAAAGUCCUUUUUGGACUUAAAAAAGAUUACCUAAGGUUUAUUCAACAAUUUCCAUUACAGUAUAUCCAUACAUCAUUGAAUUUCUCUCAUUGAAAUCAAGAUCAGCAAGCUAAUGGUUGUAAUUGUACGAAAGGAACCGCUAUUAAACACUUUGUUUCCUUACUUUAGUCAUGUAAAGCCUCUUAACAUAAAAAGUAAGAAAUGUAAGAAAUGUACAAUUUAUUAUAUAUAUUCUAUGUGAAUAUAUAUUUUCUGUUUUGUUUGACUGUACCACUACUUCCUGCUGUUGAAAUAAAGAGAUGCAAGCAAC